AGGCUUAUUCAAAAUGGCGUAGCCGUUAGAGGUCUACAUCUAACCCAGUCAGGAUCAACGGACUCUGUUUUCAUCUUCUUGUCGAGUUUAGGUCGCAUAUAUUAUUCCCUCUUUUGACAAUUAAAUAACCUUAUCAAAAUGACAGAGGAGAAAAAGUCCACCUCGUUGGGUUUCUUUUCGAGCUACGACGAUUUGAGCGACAGCAGCAGCGACUCGGACGAGGAGGGACAGAGUCGGAAGAAGAAAGCCGGGACCGAAGCUGCGGGCAGCGGCGUCCAGUCCUCUCAACACGGGACCAAGCGAGCCGCCGGUGGAGCUCCUUUACCCAGACCCGACGAACUGUUCGGCUCCGUGUCCAAGCCGGCUUUCCUCUACAACCCCCUGAACAAGCAGAUAGACUGGGACAGUCUGACGGUCAAGGCUCCUGAAGAGCCUGCCAGGGAAUUUAAGCCAUGGAAGACAAAUGCUGUACCCCCUCCCGAGAGCUACACUGCAGAGCCAGAGAGGAAGAAGGGACCUCCCCCAGGAAUGGACAUGGCCAUAAAGUGGUCCAACGUGUACGAAGAUAAUGGGGAAGACGCACCGCAGCCAUUCACCGGCAACGCUCGGUUCCUACCUGCAGAGGAGCAACCCUCUGAAUCUGACGACGAGGAAUCGGACAAGUCGGCUGCGUCGGCCAAGAAACAACGAGUGGAGACCUUCCAGCAGAAGGAGAAGAGGAAGAGGGACAUGGGGCAAGCCACGUCUGACAAGAACUUUGUAGAGGAAGAGAAAAGGAUCCUCAGGCAAAACGCUGAGUGAGGCCCAAAACUGUCUGCAGCCAGGAAGCAGUUUUUUUUAAUUUAAAUCUUAAAAUCCAAACAGAGAACAUUCUCAGAUUUCGCCGUGAAGGCCAAGCAAGUGAUAUGCUGGAGACACACAGGGUCAUUUUAAUCAGUAUACUGAGAAUAUCAGACACUCCAGCUGUGUUUUUUGUUAAUUACUGUCACAGGUCUUAAUUUUUAUAGCUUUGCUCACCAGCUGUCUUCCAAAGAUGCACCGGUGAGGGUUAUCAGUAGAAACUGCUUUAUAAAAUGCACAGAGUGCCGGGCAUUACCAGGCAAGCAAUCUGAGGCAUUCUCACUGGUCUUGUUUGAAUAAGUAAUUUUAACCGAAGGAAGUUAAGGCUAAAACUACAAACACAUACGCGACUUUAAAUAAAGGUGUAUCUUGCCGUCACAGACUGCACAGGAAGUCUAGUUAGUUGGCUUUCCCUCUUGUUUGUUUUUAAGUUGAAACAACGUCUGGCUGCGGCAGUUUACUCUGUUAUUGUGGUUUGUCUUGUACUAUAUUAUUCAACUCUGAAAUAUGACAGUGUGCGUGUAGUGUUAAUACAGUGUCUCCUUUAAAAACUUAUAAAAUGGUUGUAAAUCUCAUUGAAAUUACUACUUUCUACCUUUGGCCACUAGAUGUCGCCCUUGAGCUACACUAGACCUCCCUCCUUGUCAAUAGUGAAGUCAGAUCAGGUUUGAUUGUGUAGAUGUUGGGCACCUAACAACAACAAUCAGGGCCUGUGUGUGAGUGCGCACACGUGCGUGUGUGUGUAAAUAUAUACAGACACUGCUUGGCCAAAAAGAAAUAAAAAACACCUGAAUUUGGUGGAUUUGUAUUUUUUGGGGCAGGCUCUGAGUGUGUGUUUUCUCGUACAACUAUCUUUCCAAGGGCCAGGUUAAGUUUAACACCAUCAGAUUGGAGGGCUAGAGAAUGCAACGAGCGUCCUCACAAAGAUAGCCACAUAAAUGUGUGUGCAUGUGUGUAAUGCUUCCCAAAUAAGGAAUGACGAUCUUCGAUUCGGAAGUUUCUCUCGUCUCAGUUCUCUUGAGAUACUCGAUGCAUACAGACUGAUCAGUCUCAUGUACCUUGUAUAACACAAGACUUAAUAUCUGUGCUGAAAUAAGCAACAUCAACUUCCUACAUGUUAAGUAUUAUAACAGAAGAUUAUUGAAACACUGUUUUUGUUUUAUGGACCUUUUGUUUUUUCCACUGACUCUGUUCUUUCAGGUGUAAACAGCUGUAUUUUGUAGUAUUCGGCCAUAAACCACUAAAGGCAAUAAAGUGUGUUAUACUAAAGAAAAUGUCUGUCUUUUGUUUUGUUUUAAAUAAUAAAAUAAUUCUAAAU